GUGGCGCUUGCGUGCGCGGCGCGUUGGUGAUGGCCGCCCCCAAGGCGCGUUUGGAGUUCCAUGCCAAGCGGCCGUGGCGCCGGGAGGAAGCAGUGGCCGAUCCUGACGAAGAGGAGGAGGAUGAUAGCGGAGAAGCCGAGGAUGGGUUCACCCUGGAGGAGGUGUUACGGCUCGGAGGCACCAAACAAGAUUACCUUAUGCUGGCUACUUUGGAUGAGAAUGAAGAAGUGGUGGAUGGAGGCAAAAAAGGAACAAUUGAUGACCUUCAGCAGGGUGAAUUGGAAGCAUUUAUUCAAAAUCUUAGUUUGGCCAAGUAUGCAAAAUCUUUCAUUGAAGAAGAUGCACCAGUUGAAAAAGAAAGUACCAGCAAAAGAGAAGUGAAAGUAUCUAAAGUUGAUAAUAAAAAGCAAAAUCCAACCCAAAGUGAAAAGACAUCCAUCAGUAAGGUAAAAAAUAAGAAUAAACCAGAAUGUUCUCAUGAGAACAAAAGUACCACACCAAAAGUAAAGAAAGAAAAACAACAGGACAUCUUUGAGUUUUCUGAGAGACAGACAUUGUUAAUUAAGCCUGAAGGCAAGUGGUAUGAUCUGGAGUAUAGCAAUGAAUAUUCUUUGGAACCCCAGCCUCGGGAUGUUGUGUCCAAGUACAAAACCCUGGCUCAGAAGCUGUAUGAGCAUGAAAUCAACUUAUUCAAAAGUAAAACAAAUAAUCAAAAGGGAGGCUCUUCUACCUGGAUGAAGGUAAUUGUGUCAUCAGGGACGCUAGGUGACAGAAUGGCAGCCAUGAUUCUCCUUAUUCAGGAGGAUGCUGUUCACACGCUAGAGUUUGUAGAAACUCUGGUGAACCUUGUUAAGAAGAAGGGCAGCAAACAGCAAUGCCUCAUGGCUUUGGAUACGUUCAAAGAGCUACUCAUUACAGACCUUUUACCGGACAGUCGGAAGCUCCGCAUUUUCAGCCAGCGUCCUUUCAGCAAACUAGAACUGCUGUCCAGUGGCAACAAGGACUCAAGAGAUAGAAGACUGAUAUUAUGGUAUUUUGAACACCAGCUGAAACACUUAGUAGCUGAAUUUGUGCAGGUUUUAGAAACUUUAAGUCACGAUUCCUUAGUAACCACUAAAACUCGAGCCCUUCUAGCAGCACAUGAGCUGCUUUGUAACAAGCCGGAGGAAGAAAAGGCUCUACUUGUGCAGGUGGUAAAUAAACUGGGAGAUCCUCAGAACAGAAUAGCCACAAAAGCCUCCCAUCUGUUAGAGACUUUACUUUGUAAACAUCCCAAUAUGAAAGGAGUUGUGUGUGGUGAAGUAGAAAGGCUACUGUUUCGCUCAAAUAUCAGCACCAAAGCUCAAUAUUACGCAAUUUGUUUUUUAAAUCAAAUGGCCCUCUCCCAUGAAGAAAGUGAUUUGGCUAGCAAAUUAAUAACUCUUUAUUUUUGUUUUUUUCGGACUUAUGUCAAGAAAAAAGAUAUUGAGUCAAAGAUGCUUAGUGCCCUUUUAACAGGUGUGAAUAGGGCAUACCCUUAUGCCCAGGCUGGUGAUGAUAAAGUGAGGGAGCAGAUUGACACGCUGUUUAAAGUGCUGCAUGUUGUGAAUUUUAACACCAGUGUGCAGGCUUUAAUGCUGCUUUUCCAAGUGAUGAACUCUCAGCAGACAAUAUCAGAUCGAUAUUACACAGCAUUAUACAGGAAGAUGUUGGAUCCAGGGUUGAGGAUGUGUUCCAAGCAAGCUAUGUUUCUUAACCUGAUCUACAAAUCUCUGAAAGCUGACAUCAUGUUGCGCCGGGUAAAGGCUUUUGUGAAGAGGUUGCUUCAGAUUACCUGUGCACAGAUGCCACCAUUCAUAUGUGGAGCUUUAUAUCUUGUAUCUGAAAUCCUCAAAGCAAAACCAGGUUUAAGAAGUCAACUAGAUGAUUCUCCGGAGUCUGAUGAUGAAGAAAAUUUUAUUGACAUCAGAGAUGAAGAUGACGUAGAAAAAUUCACUGAUGCAGACAGACAAACAGAAGCAGAUACAGUGAAGAAAGCUGAGACAGAGGAAAAUAUGUAUGAAAGUGACACAGAGACCAAAAAACCAGCAGUUGCUUCCUGGGUACACAUUGAUAAUUUGAAAGGUGGCAAACAGUUAAAUACAUAUGACCCAUGCAGUAGAAACCCUUUGUUCUGUGGAGCUGAAAAUACAAGUCUUUGGGAACUCAAAAAGUUAUCUGAGCAUUUUCAUCCUUCUGUAUCCCUUUUUGCAAAAACCAUCCUUCAGGGAAAUUAUAUUCACUAUUCAGGGGACCCACUGCAAGAUUUCACACUAAUGAGAUUCUUGGAUCGAUUUGUGUACCGAAAUCCAAAACCACAUAAAGGAAAAGAAAACACAGACAGUGUUGUGAUGCAGCCAAAAAGGAAACAUUUUAUAAAUGAUAUUCGUAGUCUUGCUGUGAACAGUAAGGAAUUCCUUGCAAAAGAAGAAAGCCAAAUACCAGUCGAUGAAGUGUUUUUCCACAGGUAUUACAAAAAAUUUGCUGUUGUUAAAGAGAAACAGAAACGAAAUGCAGAUGAAGACAGUAUAGAAGAUGUGGAUGAUGAAGAAUUUGAAAAGAUGAUUGACACAUUUGAAGAUGAUAACUGUUUUACUCCUGGAAAAGAUGAUCUUGAUUUUGCUAGCAACAUGAAAAAAAAAAGAAGAGCUAAGGGUAACACAGCAGACGAUGAUUCAGAGGACAGUGAUGAUGAACUCGAUAACCUGGAUGAUGACGAAGUUUCUUUAGGAAGUAUGAAUGAAGAAUUUGCCGAACUUGAUGAAGAUGGAGGAACAUUCAUGGAUGUGUUGGAUGAUGAAAGUGAGGAUGUUCCAGAACUUGAAGAAGUCAGUUCCAACAUCAGUACUAAGAAAAGCAAGAGAAAAGACACAGAUGAUUUUGAUUUCACUGGGUCAUUUCAAGGACCAAGGAAAAAAAAGAAAACAAACGUCAGUGAUUCCAGCCUAUUUGUAUCUGCUGAAGAGUUUGGCCACCUAUUGGAUGAAAAUAUGGGGUCCAAGUUUGAUAACAUCGGAUUGAAUGCCAUGGCUAACAAAGAUAAUGCAAGUCUCAAACAACUGAGGUGGGAGGCUGAGCGCGAUAACUGGCUGCACAACAGAGAUGUGAAAAGUAUCAUCAAGAAAAAGAAAAACUUCAAAAAGAAGAGGCUGAAACUCAAUCAGAAAGCUAAAAAGCAAAGGAAAUGAGGGUUAUUAAAUUAUCAAUUAAAAAUUCUACUUACUCCUAAUUUUUGCUGUUAAACCAUUUUUCUUGAUCUUGUUCUCUGAUCCCAUACAUUCCAGAC